AUGCCACUGCUGUCUCUGAGCGAGUCGCUAGCUCGCAUAAAGCAUAAAGUGAAACAACAGCUGAGCAUAGGCAUCACGAAUAAGACACCACGCACCGGCUCUGUUAGCCGGGUGUGGCCUAGCGUGACCGCCUUGCUCAGCCAGCUCGAGUCAAGUGCCGAGCCGUUUGGCCCGCUCAAGUCCGCGAUUGGCGUACUGGGCAGACUAGCUGAAGCUUGCCAGGCAUGGACUUCUGAUCUAUCCAAGGAGCGAAGUGAAUAUAGCGAACUGCGGAAGAAGAUUGACAAGGUUCUGAAGGACCUAUCGACGCAUAUGAGAAGCCCGGCGGAAGGCAUGAUGACGGACAGUGUCAAGCUCAUUUGCUCAGAGAUCGAAGCAGAAGUAAGCACCCUAGACGCGAAACAGGGACUGGGUACGGGAAGGCGACUGGUGGAUGCUAUGGAUGGGCUAGAUGAGGUGAUGGAGUGCUGUCAGCGUGUCCACGAUCAUCUCGAACGUCUCACACUGAAUCUGAACCUGAACAUACUCCAAGGCAUAUCCGAACAGAUGCUAGAACUCAAGCUGGACAAGAUGACGCCCUCCAUGUCAGCUGUCUACAACUCGGCCGAGGCCGCCGACAUCAAGCGAGGAGCAUGCACAGAAGGAACCAGAGAGGCGCAGAUCAAGCUGCUGCUGGAGUGGGCCGACGAGCCAAGCUCCGGUAGGACGUGCUGGAUGAACGGGAUGGCUGGCACCGGAAAGACCACGAUCGCAUACACCGUGUGCACCGAGCUGAAGAGUAAAAACCAACUAGGCGCAAGCUUCUUCUGCUCACGGACGAUCCCAGAGUGUCGUCGAGUCAAACACAUCAUUCCGUCGAUUGCGUACCAGCUCGCCCGUUUCUCACUUCCUUUCCGAUGCGCGCUCUCUAAAGCCCUCAGUGCCGACAUCGAUGCACAUGCUCUAGCGCUGAAUGUGCAGUACAAGAAGCUGAUCGAAGACCCGCUUGCGGCGGUCAAAGACUGCCUGCCGGCUGACCUGAUCGUAGUGAUCGACGCGCUGGACGAAUGCGACAACGAAGAUAGCGUCGGCCAGAUACUCGAGCUGCUGAUGCCCGCCGCGCACACACUUCCGAUCCGAUUUCUGAUAUCGAGUCGGCCGGAGAAAGAGAUCACGCGCAAGAUGGCUGGUCGGCUGGACGGACAUGACGAUGCGCGGCUUGUGCUGCACAACCUGGACUCGGCCGUCGUUAGGCAGGAUAUCGAGACGUAUAUGCGCAAGGAGCUGCACGACAUCCCAUUGACCGAUGCUCAGUGGCGUAGUAUCGUCGACCGCUGCGGAAUGCUGUUCAUCUAUGCAGCGACCACCUGUAGGUAUAUCAAACAAGAGCACGAAAUGCACAAUCUAGCCACAGCUGUGAGCGUGAUCAUGAACUCGGCCAGCGUACCAAUGGAACAAGGAGACGAAAGUGUGAUUGAUGAGCUAUACAAGACGAUUCUGGAUACGGCGUUCAACAGGUCAAGGGCAAGCCAGGGCAACAAAAGAAGGAUGAGGAUGGUACUGGAAACAGCUGUAUGCGCGAUAGAGCCGAUGACGAAAAUGGCGAUGGCGAAGAUACUGAAUCUGGAUGGUGAUACGCAAGUGGAUCGACUACUGCUUCCGUUUCGAUCGGUACUGAACGUGGCGCAAAAGACCGGACUUGUGACCACGUUGCAUGCAUCAUUUCCGGACUUUAUGCUCUCCCAAGACCGAUCGGGUCAGUACCACUGCCAGCCAAGAUCCCGCCACGCGACAAUCGCGGAAGCCUGCCUACGACUCAUCGACGGUGCCGAGCCGAAGUUCAACAUAUGCGCACUGCCUUCUUCCUUCUUGCUUGACAACCAGGUCAAAGACCUCGCUCACCGGAUCACCCAAUCGAUCUCACCCGGCCUCGUAUAUGCAUGUCGCUACUGGACCACCCACCUCAGUCUCUGCGAACACACGAGUAGCCUGACUGGGCUUGUCGACUGCUUCUUUCAAUCCAGGCUGCUGCUAUGGAUGGAAGUCAUGAACCUCACUAAAAACAUACGCUAUGCGACAUCCGUCAUACAGAGCGCCGAGAAGUGGUGUACCGAGCGAGACGUACCCGAACAUGUCACAAAGCUAGCCCACGACGCAUCCCAGUUCGUAUCGGUCUAUGCCAACCAUCCCGUGUCCCAAAGCACUCCGCACAUCUACGCUUCCAUGCUUCCGUUCUGGCCCCGAUCUCGGCCACUCUCGGUAGCAUACAUUCCGAGAACAUCCGGACUUGUGCAGCCGACAGGAACAGCGAUCGAUCGACGCCGACUAGCACUCAUCGCCACCUGGAAGGUCUCGACCCAAAUCGUGUGGUCGAUGGGUCUGUCAAGAGACGGAAGACGACUUGUGGCACCUACCGCAAACAGCAUCGAGGUGUACGAUACGACGACGGGCGAGAGUGUGGUCAGCCUUGCCGAAGAGCGCACAAAGAUUGUCGACUACGUUGCGAUAUCUCCCGACGGCUACAAGGUGGCCUUUUCUAGCUAUCAUGGUACGCCAUAUGUGUGGGACACCGCCAACGGAGGCGCGGUCACACAGCUGCUUCCUGAUGGCGUGUCCGGUGGCUAUUCGCUUGCAUUCUCGCCUGACGGGUCUCGCGUCGCCUGUGGCCUGGAGAACGGAAAGGUGUACAUCUGCACAUUGGGACAAGAGGUCAGCGCUCAUGGUCCACUCACGGGUCAUAGAACAUACGUCAACUCAGUCGUGUUCUUUUCCGACGGCUUGCAUCUUGCAUCUGGAUCAUCUGACAACACCGUGCGAGUGUGGAAUGUACAGACAGGCCAGCCGGUUGGCACGCCCUUCGAGGGUCAUACUGGUCAGGUCUGGUCAGUAUGCUCCUGUCCCACUGACUCGCGCAUUGCCUCGGGCUCGCUUGAUAAAACGAUCCGAGUGUGGGAUCCGCAAACUGGCCAGACGGUGCUAGGACCACUCACAGGACAUUCUAACGCUGUAUACUGCGUCGCGUUUUCGCACAACGGCGCUUUCAUUGCCUCUGGAUCAGACGACAACACAAUCCGAGUGUAUGACACGCGUACCGGCCACACAGUGCUUGGACCGCUCGAGGGACACACCAGCUACAUCAACUCGGCCAUCUUCUCUCCCGACAGCACUCGCCUGUUCUCUUGCUCAGCAGACGGCACGGUACGCGUAUGGAACGUGCAAGACAUCGAUACCUCCAAUCCUCUUCCGACUGCCUCAUCUCUUUCCUCCCAUAUCCACUCCAUCCGAUACUCUCGCAGCGGCACACGGCUUGUCUCUGGCUCAGCAGAUGGGUCGAUACACGUGUGGGAUGUGGCGACCGGUCAGCUGGUGCUCGGACCACUCCAUGGCCAUGAGCGCGAUGUUGUAUCUGUGGACUACUCAGCCGAUGAUCGGUACAUUGCGUCUGGUUCAGAAGACAGCACACUGCGAAUCUGGGAUGGACUGACGGGACAAGACAUCCACGGACCGAUGGAGGGGCAUAGCAAUGGAGUGACCUGUGUGCGAUUCUCACCCGACAGCACGGUCGUCGUCUCAGGGUCUAAUGACGGCACUGUCCGAGUAUGGGAUGUGAGCACUGGCCAACAAGUGACCCAACUGUUCCAAGGAGAUCGCCGGAUCCUGUCGGUUGGGACCUCUCCUGAUGGCCAUCGGGUUGUCUGUGGCUUGGAUGAUAGCAAGAUAGUCGUGCUAGACCGACAUAGUGGCACUACGCUCGUUGGCCCGAUCACUGCUUACAAGGACUGGGUUCGUUCGGUGGAGUUCUCCCAAGAUGGCAAGCGCCUCGUCUCAGGGUCGGAUGACAAAUCAGUGAGAAUAUGGGAUGCAGAGACAGGGAAGCAGCUUGUUGUUUGCGGCGAGACCGGUGGCGCGCAUAGUAGUCUUGUCCUCUCUGUGUCGUUCUCACCCAACGGUCUGUAUGUUGCAUCUGGGUCUUCUGACCAUACUGUGCGCGUGUGGGACUCGGAGAACGGCAAGCUUAUACACGGUCCUCUGAAGGCACAUACCGGUCGCGUGUCAUCCAUCCAGUUCUCACCCGAUGGCUCACACCUCGUUUCGUGCUCGUGGGACCGCACCAUUCGAUUCUGGGACGUAUCGCUUCUGGGAACAUAUUCACAAGAGGACGCAGCCACAGGUACAAACAAUGCUGUAGCAGGUACUCCCACUGCCUCUCACGUAACCCAUCUAUCCUCUCUGGACGACGAUGGCUGGGUGGUGGACUCGCACGGUCAACGGCUAUUAUGGGUCCCAUCAGAUCUCUACGGCUAUCUGGCACUUCCCUCGACCUCCUCGAUCAUCGCUGACCAAGGGGCUUUCGUUUUAAACACGGACGGAUGGAAAAUAGGAGAUAGGAAGAAAGAGGCAUUAACGUGGCUGGUGGCUAUCGUCACCGACGACUUUUAUAGAAAAUGCCACACCGAAAUGAAACCUAUGCUCGACUUCAAUAAUAGUAGUAAAUGGGUUGCAUAUUCAUUAGCAGUUGGUGUAAGCUGUAUCUCGUUAUUUGGCUCAUUCAGAGCAUCGAUUAUCGCAGAGGGAAAUGGACGUCCACUGAGCUUAUGCAUUCCUGCACUCAUACGAGCUGGCCAAGUUAUUAAUCUCGAACGCCGCGAGAUUGUCAAUUAUUACCGUAACCUCGGCUCACAUGCAUAUAAAACUAUGGAAAGUAUGAACCAGAAGACACCAUCCAUCUUCCUGGAUGAGACCCUUGUCAGUCAGGCUGAUCACGAACAGGUCGGCCUCAUCGAUUCCGUAUGCGCCUUGAUCACCCGUACGCCUAUAAAACGCAUGAUAGAGAGUGUUCGGGUUUGA